CCGUUGAUAUAUCGUUUGAUAGAAUUUGGUGGUGCCUUCAGUUGUCUGUUUUAGCGUUGAUAAUAUAACUUCGAGGAGCCUGUUGUGCCUCCAGGAUGUCGUCAACGGCGAAGUUUACCUCCGACGAGCUGCUCGGUGGUGCAGAAUCUUGGGUUGAGCUCAACCCCGUCCCUGCCGACAGGGUGACUCCUUUACCGUUCAGCAGCAGCGGGGGAGGCGGCGAAGAGUACCUGCGACUUCUUCGAGAGGCUCAACGCGACUCUACACAGUCUUCGGCGAGGCAUUCACUAGCUUCUUCGCGCAGGGAUACUCCUAGGGACAGUCCGAAGAGCCCGCCAAACAGUCCAAAUACCGAAUUAUCGACCGAAGACGAAUUCAAAGGAGUUUAUAUCAACUACAGCUGCAACAAGGAUGGGGAAUUAGUGGACAAAAAUACCGACUGGAUUUAUGAGUGGAGUUCUCGUCCUGACCAGGCACCACCGAAGGACUGGAAAUUCAAGCACCCUCUAGGAGUGACCAAGAGGAAAACGUACAGCAUUCGAACAGCUAAGGUUGGAAAGAAUGGACUUUUUUCUAAGGAAGUUCUCUACACACUAUUUCUCACCAACUUUCUGUCCCUUUUAAUUGGCACCGGCUUCGGAGUCUGGCUUACUAGACGAGGACUCAUGGUCCCUCGCAUAACGAUCGAGUGAAAACAACGAUUGAGAAGAGGAAGUACGAUAUCGAGAACAAAGUAUGGCAAUAUUGUUAGCAAUGGGACGAAUAAUGCUGGUUAAUGGAACGCAAGAAAGACUGAUGCUGGGAGUCGGCAAUAUGCCUAAACACACACAUACACGAAACUAUUAUUUGCAUGAUUAAUUACAAUUGAAACUGCAAUUCUAAUUAAUAACUAUACAAUUUAAUUCUUAAAUAAUGAUAUGACUAUGGAUUAAGUUAGGAGAUUUAUUUGAGAGAUGAAAAAGUGACGAAAAAAAUAUUCGCUUUGUUACCUUGGCUGCAAAGUGAAAGAGAAAGAAAAAAAGAAGGAGAGAGA